AUGGCGAAAGGCCUGUUCGCUCCGCUCUUGGUCACCGUUCUGUUCGUGGUGGCCUUCCACGAAGGAGCAAGCUCCGGCAUCAUCAUAGAAGGCGCAGGCUCGCCCAGCACCACGUCCGUGUUCGACGUGUGGAUAGCCGGGUACCGCAACGUGCGCGACGAUGUCAGCAUAAAUUUCACAGGCUCCGGAACAAGCGCGGCGCUGACCUCGUACGACAACGGCAAGCUGGACUUCAUUGCGCUCGACCGCGCGAUCCCGACCGAUGAAGUCGAGUAUGGCUACCUCACGCAGUUCCCGCUCGCUGGUAACGGUCUGGCCAUGGGCUACAGCCUCCCCGAACUCAACUCCACUGACCCUACCCUGAUCCUCGACCGGGAAACCCUGGGCUUGGUGUGGACCGGUGACAUUGCCCUAUGGAACGACUCGCGCAUUCAGGCGCUCAAUCCCGCCAUCGCUCACAAGCUUCCCGCCGAGCCCAUCGUCCUGGGCUACAACGACAACGGCAUUCUCUCGACCACCGAGGUGCUGAAGCUCGCCCUGGACAGCUUCAGCAGCGAGUUCAACUCCGCGUUCGCCGCCGCCAAUCGCACCUUUGGCAGCAUGCCGCCUGCGAAGCGAGGGUCGGCCGAAUUGGAGCAACCCCACCGCAUGACGUUCGUCACUUGGGCCGAUGCGGCCGGCCUGGUCCCCAUGGCGCGCAUGAUCAAUAAGGCCGGGACGCUGGUCGAGCCGUCGGUGGCGUCGGUUCAAGCCGCGAUGAACUCGUUCAACGCCUUCUACGCCCAGAGCACGUUCGACGUCGACAUCUACGACGCCAACGGCACCGACGCGUGGCCGCUCGCCUACAUGACCCACUUCGCCAUCAGCCAGAACGCCAGCUCGCUGGACUGCACCAACAUUAAGGAGCUCCUGGCCUUCCUGGCCUGGGUUCACACCAACGACGCGGCUUCCGACAACGCCCAGGCCGUGAACGUAGCGCCGCUGCCGGUGAGCUUCCGCAAGAAGCUCGUCAGCCUGCUCAGCACGGUUAAUUGUAACGGGGAGAAGGCCUACACGUCGUCUUUCCUGAUCGGCGUGGGCACCCAGAUCACGCUGUUCACCUCGUGGGCUGUGUCGUGGUCGACCGACACCACGACCAUGAAGUACUACCAAUCACUGUCGUCGAUAGCCAAGGAUCAGCUGGUCACCCUGGACGAGGACUACGGCGUCGUGAGCAACGGACUCUCCGCCUCCGACUACGAGCUGAUGCCCGACGUCGCCAUCAUGCCCGCCGCCGCUUACGCUGUCCCAAAUGCAGCGUACUACGUCCCAGAGCUGGACGGCGAGACAUUGGUGUUGGACUUCAACACUACGGCCGCAAUCUAUCUGGCCCACAUCUCCCGGUGGAACGACCAGCGCAUCAAGGAUCUCAACCCCGGCAUCGCCCACCUUCUCCCCGAUGAGCCGAUCCAGGUGGCCACCGCCACCGGCAAUUCGGCCGUAGGCCAGCUCUUCACCGACAUGCUGAGCUCCACCGUCCCCGAGUUCAACUCAACUGUUGGCGUAGGCUCGGUGGUGACGUUCCCCGUCCAGUCCGACCCCAAUCGAUCGCUAGCCAGCUCGGAAGUAGAUGGCGUUAUUCAGGCCCUGAGGGCCACACCCUAUUCGUUCGCCUUUUGGUGGUUCCAUGACAUACUCCUGAGCCGGACCCUGAACGCUGCAUCGAUGAUCAAUACCGCCGGUGUUGUGGUGAGUCCCAGCUUGAGCACCGUGUCUAGCGCAGUCGACGACUACCUGGCGGGGGGCGGCUCGAUAACCUAUAAUUCUCUUGUCCUCGGAAAGAGCCCAACAAGUUGGCCAGUGGCCACGUUUGGCGCCUUCAUCUACCGCCAGGCCGUCAUGCCAGACUGCACCGUGGCCAAAGCGCUCGCGGACUACUUCUAUUGGACACAGACCAACGCGGAAGCCCAGCGGAUCGCAGACAGGCAAGGCAUACUCCUGACCACCAGCAUUGAAAGCAUGAAGAGAAAUUUCUACGUCCUCCUCAAGAACUUCACCUGCGACGGUGUAGCGGCGAGCAGUAUCCACAACUGCAUCACCGACCAGGGCCAGGUCUGCUCCGACGCCGGUAGCUGCGUCGAGAAUGCCUGCCUGUGCGACUCGGGUCGCGAGGGGAAGUACUGCGAGGACUUCAAGUCCGACUCAUCCGACACUGAGGCACUGGCCAUCGGCUUGGGUGUGGGCAUUCCGGUGGUGAGCCUCGCCUUCGUCGGGCUGCUGGUGUUCAUCGUGGUGCUUCUGGUGCUGGUUCAGCGCAAGGGCAAGGGCAACGACAACUGGGAGAUCCGCUACGACGAACUCGAGGUCGGCGAGCACCUCGGCACGGGCGGCUUCGGCGAGGUCCACCGGGCCACGUGGAAGGGCACCGAGGUGGCCGUCAAGGUCAUGGCGUCGGACCGCAUCACCAAGGAGAUGGAAAAGUCCUUCAAGGACGAGGUGCGGGUGAUGACGGCGCUGCGGCAUCCCAACGUGGUGCUGUUUAUGGCGGCGUCGACCAAGGCGCCCAAGAUGUGCAUCGUCAUGGAGUUCAUGUCGCUCGGCUCCCUCUUCGACCUACUUCACAACGAGCUGAUUCCCGAGCUGCCUUUCGCGCUGAAGGCCAAGAUGGCCUACCAGGCCUCCAAGGGCAUGCACUUCCUCCACUCCUCCGGCAUUGUGCACCGCGAUCUGAAGUCGCUCAAUUUGCUGCUCGACAACAAGUGGAACGUGAAGGUGAGCGACUUUGGGCUGACCAAGUUCAAGGAGGACAUCAAGAACAAGGGGUCGCGCGACAUCGCCGGCAGCGUGCACUGGACCGCCCCCGAGGUGCUCAACGAAUCGGCCGACGUCGAUUUCAUCCUGGCUGACGUGUACAGCUUCGGCAUCAUCCUGUGGGAGCUCUUGACCCGCGAACAGCCCUAUCUCGGCAUGAGCCCAGCGGCGGUGGCUGUGGCGGUCAUCCGCGACAACCUGCGGCCGAGGAUGCCCGAAGAAGAGUCGCCGGCCACCUGCCCGCCCGAGUUCGAGGAGCUCAUCACCAGCUGCUGGCAUCACGACCCGACCAUCCGCCCCACCUUCCUCGAGAUCAUGACCCGCCUCUCCUCUAUGCACGGUGACUCCACCUCGGGCGGGGGCGCCUCCUUCACCUCCAAGACCUCCACCUCCAAUUCGUCAUCGUCGGGCUCGGGGCCAGCCACCGCCGGCGCCAGGCCCAACAAGGGCCUCUACAGCUCGUGGACGCUGCCGUCGGCGUCGACUCAUUCUUCGGGCGGCAACUCAUCGACGUCUUCUUCGAAUUCCUCAUCAUCGCGCAACUACUCGGGCGGGGCGGCCGGGACCGCAGGCGGCGUGCGCGCGCCCGAGGGCGAGGUGACCAUCGUGUUCACCGACAUCACCCGCGCCGCGUCGCUCUGGGAGUUCAACCCGGCCGCCAUGCGCGACGCCACGCUACUGCACAACCAGACCCUGCGCGCCGCGCUCCUGCGGCACCGCGGCUACGAGGUGGUUUUCAUCCGCGACCGCAACAGCGGCGAGGGCUCGUUCUGCAUGGCCUUCCAGCAGGUCGCCGACGCGCUGGCCUGGUGCGCCGACGUCCAGCGCGCGCUGGUGGCGCUCGAGUGGCCCGAGGCUCUGCUAGACCACCCGGGCGCGGCGGAAGAGUGGGGCGACACCGACGACCGCGUGCUCUACAAGGGCCUGCGCGUGCGAAUGGGCGUGCACGUGGGCCAGGCCAAGGCCGUGCGCGACCCGAUGACGCGGCGCGUCGAGUACAUCGGUCCGACCGUCAACGCCGCCGCGCGCAUCACAGCCCUGACUCAUGGCGGCCAGAUCGUCAUGAGCCACGUCGCCUGCGACAAGCUCAGGGAAAGCACCCCGGCCGACGCCUGGGAGGCCACCAGCAAGCGCCUGCUCGCCCUCGGCAAGUUCGAGAUUCCCGAUUCGCCCCAAGGCGCCAAGCUGUACGAGCUGAAGGCCGAGGGGCUGGAGGCGCGGUUCUUUGGCGGGGUCACGCUCGAGGGCAAUACCGCGUCAUCGUCCAACAGCCCCUCGUCGGGCUCGGACCGCCCGCCGCGUGAUGUCAGCGGCGCGAGCGGCAGCGGCAGCGGCAGCUACGAGGACCGGGCCGAGCUGCAGACGGCCGUGGGCGAGGGCAUGAUGUUCAAGGAGGACACGUUCCUGACGUCGGCCAACCUGUGCCGCUGGAUCAUCGACUUUGGCGAGAUCCAGGUGGGCAAGCAGGUGGGCCUGGGCUCGUACGGCGUGGUCUACCGCGGCAAGUGGAAGGGCAUCGACGUGGCGGUGAAGCGGUUCAUCAAGCAGAAGCUCGACGAGCGGCGCAUGCUCGAAUUCAGGGCUGAGAUGGCAUUCCUCUCUGAGCUGCACCACCCCAACAUCGUCCUCUUCAUUGGCGCGUGCGUGAAGAAGCCCAAUCUGUGCAUUGUGACGGAGUUCAUGAAGCAGGGCAGCCUCAAGGACAUCCUCUCCAACAACGCCAUCAAGCUGACGUGGAUGCAGAAGCUGCGCAUGCUGCGCUCCGCCGCGCUCGGCAUGAACUACCUCCACUCGCUCCACCCCGUCAUUGUGCACCGCGACCUCAAGCCUUCCAACCUUCUCGUGGACGAGAACUGGAAUGUGAAGGUGGCCGACUUUGGCUUUGCGCGGAUCAAGGAGGAGAACGCGACCAUGACCCGCUGCGGCACGCCCUGCUGGACGGCGCCGGAGAUCAUCCGCGGCGAGAAGUACGACGAGCGGGCCGACGUGUACUCGUUCGGGGUGGUCAUGUGGCAGGUGGUGACCAGGCGCGAGCCCUACGCCGGGCGCAACUUCAUGGGCGUCUCGCUGGACGUGCUCGAGGGCAAGCGGCCACAAAUCCCCAACGACUGCCCGCCGGCCUUCCGCAAGCUCAUGAAGCGGUGCUGGCACGCCUCGGCCGACAAGCGCCCGCGCACGGAGGACAUAGUCGCCCUGCUCGACCAACAUGUCGGCGACGACGACAACAACGGCGACAUGCCCGCCAUCAACCCCAUGGUCUGA